CAACUUCUCAACCUAAGCGCCAUCAUGACAACCUCGAGUAGCGCUGCGCUGCGCUUCUGUCCCACGACAUCAGCCUCGUCGUCCUCGAGGUCAUUUGCCGGACACACCCUCAUCCUCCCGACCAUCUCCUCAGGCUCAGUCCCACAGCUGUGCGUCGACCUCCUCGUAGCGCAUCGCCCCCUCUCCCUCUCGCGCGUAGGAAGCUUGGAUGCAGGACAGGACUUGAUACCCUUCGUGGGCGGCUCGGACGGUGAAGCGGGCAUUUCAACGGCGCUCGAUGUGUUCAGCUCAUCGCACGGCGUGACGGUGGUGCAACAGCGCUCCCCUGUCCUCCGAGCGCGGCGGGCAGGCUUCGCAAGAAGGAUGGCGGCCUGGGCGCGUGAAGAGGGUUUCGCGCGAGUGGUAGUAUUGAGCAGCUUGGAUGCCGCGCUGAGGGGCGAUGAGGAGCUCGGGUCAAGUGGUGGGAUGAUGCACUACAUGCUGGAUGCGGAUGGACAGGAGCAAAAGAAGCUCGCCAAGGUGCUGCAGCUUGCCGGGCCCGCCGUCAGCUCGAAUCUGCUGGUUGGUCAGGGCGAGGCAGGCGGUUUGUCAACGUCAUCUCCGCCCCAAUCUCGUCUACCGUCCUCAUCAGCAGGCCUGACGUCGCGAUAUCUUUCAGCGCUCAGCGGACCCGAUAGCGGAUCAUCUUCCUCGCCUGCCAUCCCGAGCGGCGCUCUCCUUCUCUGGGCUGCAGAAGGAGACAAUCGAGGCGACGCCCACCGCAUGGCGCAUUGCGUCGUGGAUGAGGUACUGCCAGGGCUGGGUUCGAUGGGCAGGGCUGGACCUGAUGCGGCACAAGGGUCACAGGAAGGCAAACAGGAGCUCGAGGAGCCGCAAAGCUGGAGGGGGCUCUAUGGCAAUGCGUAUGACCAGGCGCUGUUCGGAUGAGGGGUUAUGAAGAAGAGGUGGCAAUACGGCCGCGUAGCGGUGGGAUGAUGGCGGCAAGCGCGGCGAAGAGGCAAGUGAACGAGCUCUUUGAUGGGUGGGGUAUGCCUCUCACAUAAACCAACUCCAGGCUACGGACGUUGGCCUGCUUCAUUGAGCAAUACCAAGCCACAACCAGCAUGCCUUCUCGCUCUUUCUCCCGCCUGAUCGUCGGCUCCUCACGCAGGGGAAUCCACGCCUACUUCUGACCUGCCUUUCAAGCUGCCGAUGCCGUCGCAACGGCAAGCCCACUUGGGGACUUAUGGGUUUAGGGGCGGUGGUUUAUUAAGUACA